AUGUUCGGUGGAUCGCCGCAGUGGGAGCAGAUCAAGACAAUGUACAAGAGUGACCACUUUGGCACUCUGGCCAAUUAUCAGGCUGUGCUUCGCGUCUUGGAAAUGGAAAACGAUGGGGCCACCGUACCUGACCUGCCCGCACCCAGGGUGCGGGUAGACUUCAUACCGCCUCAAAGGCCCAAGGAAAAGCCGCGUGAUUAUCAACAUCGCGUGUUCAAAUCCCUCGUAAAAGAGAAAUGCGCGCGAAUGAACGCCAUCAUUGAUAAGUUUCCCCGGAAGAGAAUCCUGGAGUUCUGCGCGAAGAACCAGAUUCGCAUCGUGAACAUGAAUCCGGCAUUUAUUCUGAAGAAGACAGAUGAAGGCUACUACGCCUUCUACUUUCGCGGAAAGAAAAUCGACCGCGUCAUCGAGAAGAUUGUGCUGCCUUUCUUUCCCGAUGGAAGCGGCAUCAAAUUCGGUGUUGAGCAGUGGAGUAAAGAGGAGAAGGCACUACCAGUCGCGGACCAAGACACCUUGCCAUUGAUCUUAGGCUACGUAUCCGAGGGCAACGAACGCCCUAUAUACAAUCAUCACGGUCUUAGUCAAGUUGUCUUGUACCGCCUGCAUCAUACCGUGUACUGGGCGAAAGCGGUUGCCAUCCAGAACGAGGCUGCGGAUGAGCCGGAUUCCGAUGCGAUGCCUGCUUUAGCGGGACCUGAAAGCGAUAGUGACGAAGAUAGCGAUGACGCUGAACGAAGGGGUGACCACGAAGACGACGAGUCGGAUGACUAUACAAUUGGCCUCGGUGCGCCCAGUGAAGACGAAGAAGGAUACGAAUCGUGGGGUGGUAUUGGUGUAGUUAGGGCGAAUGACGAGGACGAGGACGAGGAUGAGGAUGAGGAUGAGGAUGAGGAUGAGGUCGAGAUCGAGGAGUCUAAAGGUUACCUCGCGAAGCAGAAAGCAACAUCGUCUACAUUUCUUCCCCGCCACUCCGACUCAUCGCAUCAACUCGAAGCAUCCUCCGAUCAUCGCGUAACUCCUCGCGCGCUGCCCAAGCCAGAUCACACGGCGCAGAAGUAUGCAUCGGGGAUGGAGCACGGGCGUCAAUCAUCGCUACCCGCACCACCUGCAAACAUCGCGAAAGGACAGCGCACUCAUGUCCUUGCGCAGAAGUCAAGUAUCGGGCAGAUUGAGAAGAAUCGCCUGAAUCAGUCGCGUACUUCCGUACUGAGAGCUGGCACCAACUCCGUCGAUGCAAAGCGACGCAGAACUAUAAAGGACUCGCAAGUACCUGGGGAAUCAAUGUUGCCUGGGGAAUCAAUGUUGCCUUUCAAGAGACGACGCAUUGAACGCGGCCCAGACCACGAAUCAGGUGGCAGAGUACAUCGCGAAACGGGCCCUGUUACCGGCUCGCCACCACCCGUAGCAGUUCCCGGGGCCCGUUCACGGGUGAUCAAUGGAUUAGGGUCGUCGCGUAGCACAGCACCGCCCUCAGAUCGUUCGUCUGGUGCUGCAACCAGUUUGCGUACGUCUGCUACGGCGGUAGUUGCCAAUCACGCUUCAGGGGCGCGCUCGUCCAGGGCUGCAUCCGACUCGCAUCCGGCUGCAUCCAAGUCUCGUCCAGUUGGAAACGCGGGAGCUAUAUCGUCGAGUCGUACGAGCGGCCAACCACAGAUGAAGACCAAGCCCAAGCCAAGACUGAUAUUUCGCAAUACGAAGCAGGAUGGUACACCCGUAGAUCCGCCUGCGGAUGCGUACAGGGAAGUCGUGGGUCGGAAACGCAAGCACAGAGCAUAA